UUCUAGCCUUGCGGAGUUUUGUCGCCUCACUCCGACCGCUUUUAUGAGUGACCCUCACUGCGGGGCACAUCUUCAAAAACCUUCCCACUUUCCACACCCAGUCGUCCUUUCGCAAUUGUGCUGUAGCCAUGGCCGCUCAGGUUGCAGACCAGGUCAAGGACCUGAAAUUGGACGACAAGAAGAAAACCGCGAACGGCAAAGCGGCCGGCGCGGAACCGAAGGGCGACAAUGAAAAUGAGGAUUCAGACGAGGAGGAAGAUGCUGAGGUGGUAGCCGCUGAUGGAGCUGUUUCUGGAGCGGCCAAGAAGAAGAAGAAGCGCAAGCCGCGCAAGAAGAAGAAAGGCACCGCUGGCGCCAAAUCCCAAACCUCCCCGCCCCGCGUCCUGAUCUCCCAACUCUUCCCCGAUGGCAACUACCCCGAAGGACCGACCGAAGAAUACCGCGACGAGAAUAACUACCGGACGACUAGCGAAGAGAAACGGCACCUGGACCGCAUGAACAACGAUUUCCUGACCGAGUACCGCCAUGGUGCCGAGGUGCAUCGCCAGGUUCGGCAGUGGGCGCAGAAAACCGUCAAGCCCGGCAUGACGCUGACGGAGAUCGCGGAGGGGAUCGAGGACAGCGUGAGGCAUUUGGUCGGCCAUAUGGGGCUGGAAGAAGGCGACGCGAGGAUCGCGGGGAUGGGGUUCCCGACGGGGUUGAGUAUUAACAACUGCGCGGCGCACUACACGCCGAACGCGGGGAAUAAGAUGGUGUUGCAGCAGGAUGACGUGAUGAAGGUCGACUUCGGGGUGCACAUCAACGGGCGGAUCGUGGACAGCGCGUUCACGCUAACGUUCGAUCCGGUCUACGAUAAUCUGCUAGAGUCGGUGAGGGAGGCGACGAAUACGGGGAUCAAGGAGGCGGGCAUCGAUGUACGGAUGAGUGAUAUCGGUGGGGCGAUCCAGGAGGUCAUGGAGUCGUAUGAGGUGGAGAUCAAGGGGACCACGUAUCCGGUCAAGGCGAUCAGGAACUUGAACGGGCACACGAUCGGUCAGUAUAUGAUCCAUGGAGGGAAGAGUGUUCCGAUUGUCAAGGGCCGCGACCAGACGAAGAUGGAAGAGGGCGAGACAUACGCCAUUGAAACCUUCGGGAGCACAGGAAAGGGUUACGUGAGAGAAGACAUGGAAACCUCACACUACGCACGACGAGACGAUGCUCCGAUCGUCGACCUUCGACUUUCGUCCGCGAAAAACUUGCUGAACUCGAUCAACAAGAACUUCGGAUCGCUGCCCUUCUGCCGUCGAUAUCUCGACCGGUUGGGCCACGAGAAAUAUCUUCUGGGGCUUAACAACUUGGUGUCACAGGGUAUCGUUGAAGCAUACCCUCCCCUUUGUGAUAUCACGGGGUCAUAUACCGCUCAGUAUGAACAUACAAUCCUCCUCCGUCCUACAGUGAAGGAGGUGAUUAGCCGGGGCAACGACUACUGAGCGUCUGGUCCCGUCGACUCGUAUUUUUGGAGGGCAAUUGUGAACCAUUGCAUGUGGCCACUCCCGUGAAUUCAGUACUACCGGACACCAGUAUUCCCGUCGAUCAUAAACGAAGAAAAAUGACAGUCCAAUGAU